AUGCCUCGACUCAUUUCAAUUGCGCUGGGAGCGCUCACGUUCAUCGCCACGACGGCCACGCUGUGCACUCAGAUCGCCAUCAGUGUAAGCGUUCCCCAGUCAUCACCAGGCAGAACAACAUCAAGUGUCGCUGCGGCAUUCGAAGCCGCAAUUCUGGUCCUUCUCGCAUGGCUUGUUGCGACCGACAUUCUGCCUGCAUUACCAGGGCGGUCCAAACCGUUACGGAACAUCCUCUAUGGCCUCAAGAUCUCGGCUUGUGUCAUUGCGACUGUGACCUCCAUCGUCGCUCUGGUAUACUUGGCCCAGGCCGAUGGAGCAGACAAUCAACACCUCCUUGUUGGAGCUUCCAUCACAUUCGCACUGGCAAUUACAUGUCAAAUCGUAUACACUAUUCAUCAGUUCUUUUCCAACUCAGACGGCAGCAAAGACGUGGAGAACGGACGAUCGCGCAAGGUUAACCUCAAGACCAUCAGAUACAGCCAGACAAUGCCCAUUACGGAGGAGACGAAUCACACUGAACAGCUGGAAUCUCAGGGUAAUCGAAGCCGCUCCAACUCGGCGGACUGCAAGUCAAUGGCUGAGACUGUCGCAUCUUCCGUGACUUAUGUGUCCCACUCGAUUCGCUCCGUUUCAAGCAAGACCAAGAUGCGCUCCUCAAAGGAGGGGACCCGCUCCAUGUCGAUGGAUUCGACUGCCAACCGAAGCACCAUGGGCGACGACGCUUUUGAUUCCUGGGACACAUCAACAGUAGACGUGCACAACCGAGAAGCUGUGAUGGAAAUCUCAACACCCACGCAAAGCAAGCCCCGCGGCCUCGAAACAAUUCCUGCCAGCCCCGUGGCCAGCCGGAGUCCAUCGCCACAGUCCUUUGUCGAACUUGAACCACCUCGUAUUCAAACCCGUCGCCGAAGCCGAAGCUACAGCCCCGUGUCUAUUCGACGAGAGCUUCGUGAUCUGCCGGGCGCAAACAGCAACGAGGCCCAUAUCCAUCCUCUCUUCCGAUCUGACUCACCCGACCCGCAUCCUUUUGCGACGCCUGGCACCAUCGUCAUGGCAGCGCCAGAUGCGGGACGAGUCCUUUCCCGCCAGUCGAGCAACAUAUCCCUCAACCGUCUCCGAAGUGACAGCUUGCCGAUCGCGCCUCCAAACCUGAACAGGAACGACGGCUUCGAUUCUAGGUCAUUGAGGACGUACGGGUCUGAGCUGGAUCUCAGCAAACAUGCACAUGGUGACAUGGACAUGGUGCCUCCUGCGCCUGAAUGGCUGCGCAGGGAAAUAUGA